AUCUGGGAAUCUUUUUGAGUUGCUCUGUGGAAACAACUGAAAAUGUCUCAAAUUGUGAUAGUCUUCUUCCAAGGCGAUGAUAUGUUUUUAACAAACUCAAUUUUCAGAAAGAUUUGAAUUGUCCAUCGAAUGUCAACUGCAUAAACCUUCAUGAGCUUGUAUUAGCUGCAAUGUAACCACAGCUUGUCGUUAUGGUUCGAGACUGAAUGCUACUUGCAGAGUUUAUGAACAGAUUAGUUGUAAGGGCCCCAAAGAAUUUACAAAAGAAUAUACUUGUCAGUACUGCUACCAAACUGAGCCUUGGGAGCACAAUUGUGAGCAAAUGGCAAAUUGUAAUUCGGUCAGUUCACCACGAGCGAUAUAUACUACAAACUGUACAGUUAAGGAUGAAAUAUUAUGCUUAGGUAACAGAAAAUUCAAGAAAAAUGUACAUUGCAACUGGACGGGUGGUUACCGUUGGUCCACAGCUCUAGCUCUAAGCAUAACACUAGGAGGCUUCGGAGCUGAUAGAUUUUAUUUAGGGCACUGGCAAGAGGGCAUUGGGAAACUGUUUAGCUUUGGGGGAAUGGGCGUAUGGACAAUCAUUGAUGUUAUUUUGAUAUCAUUGCAUUAUCUAGGUCCUGCUGAUGGAUCGCUGUAUAUUUAAGGGUGUAUUAUAGUGUAUAUAAAAAGGCUAGUGGUUUCAAUAAAUUAUAAUUAUGGUAAAAUUGUAUCACUGUAAACAGUUCGAAUCUUAUAAAAAGUACAUCAGGUAGAUUUUUGAGCAAUCAUGUACAUCACAAUGUUUCAUAGAUAAUAUACUGCUUCUUACAAAAAUACUUUAUGGUUAAUGAUGUAAUAAUCUCCAGGUAAUGGACA